GUUCUUCUGUGUUGUUUUCUAUCUUUACAGAAAAACAUUGAAGAAACAGUUGACUGCCAACUAGAGUACCCGAGCUUUGAGGAAGCAAUUUCAGUACCCUGGACAGCACUUCAAAGGAAAGUGUCAAAGCUAUAUUUUGCCAUGAGAGAUGUACCUUAUGCCAAAUUUCUAUUUUGAGUUGGGAAGUAGUUUAUUUUCAAAUCACAUAUUCCUUCCCAAACUCAGAUGAUGUGAUUUUGGUUUUUUGUUAUACUAUUUAAACAUCUAUUGAAGAUUUACCUUUUUACUUGGUGAGAGCUAGUGGAUUAUUUAUCUUUUUACAGUAAUAGAGCGUUUUGAAGAGAUUGAAGAUCGCAAUCCUGGAGACAUCUCAAUUACUGAUCUUCAUGGUCUUCUAAAUCUGAAAAAGGAACUUUGUGAGGCAAAUGUAUGGUACUUGGGAAUAUAUUCUGGAUUGUAGGAUGGUGAUAUUUUUUCUGCUUAUUGAUGCUACACUGAUUGCAUAUUUUCACAUUGCAGUCAUUAAAGGAAUCUCUUGUUCCUGAUGCACUCCUAGAAAGAUUGGUAAAGCAUAAAUGGGAGUUCCCUCCAGUUUGUGCCAUUAUCGGAGGAUUCCUUGGACAGGAGGUGAUCAAAGCAAUAUCAGGCAAAGGGGAUCCACUAAAGAAUUUCUUUUACUUUGAUGCCUUGAACGGAAAAGGCUUGAUAGAGGACAUAUCAAAUGCUAACCCUAAAAACUGAGCAUCUUUGUCUUGCCGUUACCAAAUUGCUUUGUCAGAAACUACACUUGCUGAUGUAGGUUUUAUAGGAUUGACCAGCCAUCAUCAGUUUGAAUCAUUAAUUCUGUAUUGUCACUGGCCUGAAACAAAAAUGUUAUCAAUAAAUCCCAGAAAUUGUGUUUGAGUGAGAUUAACAUGGAACUUUCCAAAGAGCAUUUGGAGUCCGAUGCUAAUUAGGCUUUCUCUAAAAGGAGUUUUCCUUCCAUAUUUGUGCCUCCAAUUAGAAUUCUACAAUAAUUGUACUUUCCAAAUCCCAAUCGGUCAUGAAUUACAACACUGCUCUCUAGUCUCUGUGUAUGUGCAUUUGAAUCCCAUUGCUUCAUUCAAUGGUCAUGGAGACAUUAGUAAGAGUUCGAAGGUUAGUGAUAGCAUGGAUGCGUAUCCAUCGGGUUUCCAGAUGCCUCUCCAUUAUCUUCGUUGCACCAAGGGCGACUACGAGAGGAUAGAGGGUUGGAAGGUGGACUUACUCCUCAGACAAUACGUUCUGAAUUUCAAGGGUACCCUUGAUGAGAAGAGAGCUUUUGCAAUGGGAGCAUUCCUCUGGCCUGAUUAUAAAAUUAUUACUGCAAGUGGUGAAGUGGAAGUUUACAUUGAUCAUAAUGACAUGGGACCAAAUAGUGUAGAAAAAUUACUUGGUGAUGCUCAUGGGGUUGGUGAGGUUUAUAAUGGGAGUAUUAAUGGUGUCGACAUAGGAAACAUCACCCAGGAUAUUUUUGAAAAUCUUGAUCAGGGAGAAAAAACUGUUACUGCAGAUGAAUACUCCAGGGAUUUUGAAGAGGAACACUCUAAUGAUGAAGAAGGAGAUGAGUCAGAUGUUGAUGAGGAGUAUAUGGCAAGUCCUGUUGGUAGUGAUAGGGAAGAUGAGGAGUAUGUCACUCCGGCUGUGGAAGAAAACAGAAUGUGUAGGAAUCCCGCCAAGCCUGGUGCAAAAAUGGUGAGCCAGCUAUACAGAGCCGGCUCUCCUGACAAUCUUGCAACUCGAGCUUUGUGUCUUACAAAGCAUUAAAUGACCCCCAACGGCUAGUAACAACUAUUUUCGACCAUGGGGUUAUAAAUAUGGUUGGUAGAAGAUCGGAAGGAAGUUCAGAGAGUAUUGUAUUGAAUAUCUUUACCUACCUACAUGAGCUUUAACUUGAGUUUUUUAUCUUUGAGAGAUCUUUACAUGUAAUCCUCUUCUUGUUCUAUUUGUGAGUGAUCUUGGGGGUGUGAUUAUUCCUUCAAGAGUAACCUAUUGAGAGGAUUCAUUGGGUUUACAUUGUAAAGGGGUGAGGUUUGAGAGAAAUACUUAUCUUCUUGUAAAACGAUUGAGUGGCUCCUUUAAGCCACCCUUGUUGUUGUUAGUGGAGAGUGUGGAGGAAAUCCUUGGUGACUGAAGCCAAGGUAAAGGAUUAGGCUCCAAGUGGUUGGACCGAACCUCUAUAAAUCAUUGAGCAAGCU